AUGGAUCCACUUGAAAAGUUGAACAGAGAGAAGUUGAUCUUCUAUCUGACCGUGCCGCUGUCUUCGAUCAUCAUCUUUUCCAACCUCUUCAUCAUAAUAGGCAUCGCCUGCAACCGUCAGCUGCAUAACACCCCAAAUUACUUCUUCUUGAGCUUGCUAGUGGCCGACCUGUGCACCGGCAUCACCCUGCCCUUCAUUCCCCACAUGACGCUCGACCGGCAGCUGGAUUUCAAGCACUGCUUGGUGAUGUACAUCUUCCCCAACUUUCUGUUCCUGUCGUUCCUCUUCAAUCUGGUGAUGGUGCAUUACGAACGCUACCUGUGCAUCGUCAGCCCGCUCCACCACAGCCAGUUCUGGGUUCACCGCUGCUUCCCAUUGGCUUUAUUGACAGUUUGGCUCCCGCCUUUGCUCUAUGCAUCACUUCCCGCCUUUGGAUGGAAUAAUUGGGUGGAACCCAAUUCUAACAAGAGCUCCAACUCAAACGAGACAUUCUUGAGAUCAACAACGUCUCGUAACUCCUCCAAAGAGGAUGAGGUUUGCUCCUACAAACAGGUUUUUCCCAAGGCCUUCAUUUAUUUGGAAGUGUGCGGACUGGUGCUGCCGGCCAUGCUGUCCAUUGUAGCCAUGACAGGACGGGUGUUGUGGAUCACACACAAGCAGCUGCAGAACAUCUGUAAGCUUCACCGCGCUGUGGACCGUCUUCAGCAGCAGCAGCAGUCGUCGGAUCACGAGCAGCAUCUUAACCUGCGCUACACCAAAUGUGUGGCCGCCGUGUCCCUCACGUUCCUGAUCUGCUGGGUGCCGUACAUUAUCUACCAGCUCAUGUCUGUGACGGCCCUGCAGACCGGGGUGAGCUUGCCGAGCUCUUCUCUGUACAUCAUUAUGUCCUGUACGGGAAUCGGGAGCAUGGCCAUCAUUCCACUCAUACUGGGACUGGCCAACAAGCAGUACACUCAGCCCAUCAGCAGGCUGAUGCUUAAACUGAGAAACCGCUGGAGAGGAGGACAGAAUAACAGAGACAUUGCACUUUGACGAGUGGACCGUGAGUAGAUAGGAUGUUUUAAUUGAAUGUAUAAAUGAAAUAUCUGUUGUGCAUUAAAUACUUGAUGAAAUAUACACUUUUAAAAAUAAAGGCAAUUAAAAGGUUCUUUACAGCGAUGCCAUAAAAGAACCCUUUUUGGUUCCACAAAGAACUAUUCAGUCAAAGGUUCGCCACAAAGAACCAUUUGUGAAACAGAAAGGUUCUUCAGAUGUUAAAGGUUCUUUAUGGAACCAUUUAGACAAAAAAGGUUUUUCUAUGGCAUCGUGAAGCACCUUUAUUUUUAAGAGUAUACACUACUGUUUCAAAGUUUGGGGUUGGUUAGAUUUUUUAAUAUUUUGGAAAAAAGACUCAUCAUUUGUUUGAUCAAAAAUGCAUGAAAUAUUGUGAAAUAUUAUUACAAUUUUAAAUAGCUGUUUUCUAUAUGAAUACAUUUUAAAAUGUAAUUUAUUCCUGUGAUGCAAAGCUGAAUUUUCAGCAUCAUCACUCCAGUCUUCAGUAUAACAUGAUCCUUCAGAAAUCAUUCUAAUAUUCUGGUUUUCUGCUCAAGAAAUAUUUCUUAUUAUCAUCAUCAAUGUUGAAAACAGUUGUGCUGCUUCAUAUUUUUGUGGAAAGUGUGUUUUUUAAUUGAUAGAAAGUUAAAAAGAACAGCAUUUAGUUGAAAAAGAAAUCUUUUGUAACAUUAUAAAUGUCUUCACCAUCAUUUUUGAUCAAUUUAAUGCAUCCCUGCUGAAUAAAAUAAAUAAUUUUUAUUAAAAAAAUUACUAAUCCCAAAUUUUUGAAUGGUAGUGUAAAAGAACAAAACACUUAGUAAUCACAUCUGUCUUUUGUCAGAGAGUUUCGUGUUGUCACUGAAUAUAUAUAUAUAUAUAUAUAUUUUUUUUUUUUAGGGCUGGCAAUCGAUUAAAAAAUUUAAUCGCGAUUAAUCACAUGAUUGGCAUGAGUUAACUCGUGAUUAAUCGCAACUUAAUCGCACAUUUUUAUUUGUUCUAAAAUGUACCUUAAAUUAAUACUUUUCAAGUUUUUAAUACUCUAACAUGGGCAUGGAUAAAUAUGGAUGCUUUAUGCGAAUGUAUGUUUAUUAUUAUUGAAACCAUAGUCAACAUAGAGCAUGAAGACUAGACAUGUUUCAAAGGUCAUAGAUGUUUUUCAAAUAACUUGUUCAUGUCUAUUAGACACAUGAAAAAAGAAAUACCAGGUUCCCAUUACUUCUCUUUCUUUGCACUGAGCAAUUUACUUACACAAACCUGUUUACAUUUUUGCAUGACAGGGCAGCUCUUCUUCUGAACAUGUAAAAUGUACAUUUAUUAUUUAUUAUUACAUUUGUUUCCCACUCUGUGCCCACAUACUGUAUUUAGAUGAAGCUAAAUUCUCAAUAAAACUGUUUUCAUUGGUAUAUGUUACUGUUUCUGUUGAAUGAAUAUGAAAUAAUGACUGAAACGCGAUCCAUUACGACAACAUAACCAGCUCUCCCUUCCAAGAUGUUAAUCUGCACAAAAAAAAUCAUGAUAAUCGCACCGUCGUCUGAUGAAAUCAAAUACACAUAAGAUAAAGGCAACAGCUGUGCUGUGAUUUCGGCUAUACUUGCAUGUAAAAUUAGAGAGACAACAUAAUAUCUGUGUUUAUCUGAAUUAAAGCGCUACUCCUCUCUCCCGCGCGCUGAACAGAAACUGAGCAGACGCUUUAGGCGCUUUUUUAAAGGGAAAAAAAGUCGCUAAAGGGGUCUGCAAUGUUGCUAAGUUGGCAACACUGUGCAUCUCCAUUUAUCCAACUACGGGUUGGGCCAUGGGUCAAACAGAAAAUACGCGCUGCGUUAAUCGCGCGUUAAAAAAAUGAGUGCCGUUAAAAUGAAUAACUUUGACAGCACUAAUAUAUAUAUACUGUAUAUGUUCAUCUUGUAUUUAUUUUUAUGCCUUGCAUACUUAAAUGUUUAGUGUUUAUGUUUUAAAUGUUUAUCCUAUCUAUCAGUUUUCUGUGAUGUAUUUUACAUUGUUGUUAAAAAUUGUGCUGACUUAUCACCAAGAUAAAGUCAUCUAGUUGACUAAUGUUGAGUGCAAAAAUUACUUGUCAGUCUUGGAUGUAUCAGUAAAAAUGUGUUUAAAACUACAAACCAAUUAGUAAUGUUUUACAUUGUAUGCAGCAAAAAUGUGCUUAUGCUUGUGUUUAGGAGUUAUAUUAUAGCUGUAGACAAGUAUAUUCUUCAUGCUUCAACAUGGAGGGGAUUUUUUCAAAUAACAAAUACAACCCAAAUUCCGGAAAUGUUGGGAUGUUUUUUCAAUUUGAAUGAAAUGAAAACUAAAAGAAUUUCAAAUCACAUGAGCCAAUAUUUUGUUCACAAUAGAACACAGAGAACAUAACAAAUGUUUAAACUGAGAAAUGUUACAAUUGUAUGCACAAAAUGAGCUCAUUUCAAAUUUGAUGCCUGCUACAGGUCUCUUAAAUAGUUGGGACGAGGGCAUGUUUACCAUGGUGUAGCAUCUCCUCGAUAGGUGAAAGAUCUAGACUGCAGGCAGGCUAAUUCAGCACCCAGACUCUUCUACUACGGAGCCAUGCUGUUAUAAUAGCUGCAGUGUGUGGUUUUGCAUUGUCCUGCUGAAAUACACAAGGCCUUCCCUGAAAUAGACGUCGUUUGGAGGGGAGCAUAUGUUGCUCUAAAACCUUAAUAUACCUUUCAGCAUUCAUAGUGCCUUCCAAAACAUGCAAGCUGCCCAUACCGUAUGCACUCAUGCACCCCCAUACCAUCAGAGAUGCUGGCUUUUGAACUGAAUGCUGAUAACACGCUGGAAGGUCUCCCUCCUCUUUAGCCCGGAGGACACGGCGUCUGUGAUUUCCAACAAGAAUGUCAAAUUUGGGCUCGUCUGACCAUAGAACACUUUUCCACUUUGAAACAGUCCAUUUUAAAUGAGCCUUGGCCCACAGGACAUGACGGCGCUUCUGGACCAUGUUCACAUAUGGCUUCCUUUUUGCAUGAUAGAGCUUUAGUUGGCAUCUGCGGAUGGCACGGCGGAUUGUGUUUACCGCCAGUGGUUUCUGGAAGUAUUCCUGGGCCCAUUUAGUAAUAUCAAUGACUGAAUCUUGCCGAUGAGUGAUGCAGUGUCGUCUGAGGGCCUGAAGACCACGGGCAUCCAACAAAGGUCUUCGGCCUUGUCCCUUACGCACAGAGAUUUCUCCAGUUUCUCUGAAUCUUUUGAUGAUGUUAUGCACUGUAGAUGAUGAGAUUUGCAAAGCCUUUGCAAUUUGAUGUUGAGGAAUGUUGUUUUUAAAGUAUUCCACUAGGGCUGGGCGAUAUGGCCCAAAAAAUUAUCAUAUCAGUCGAUAUCGAUAACUAUCACGAUAAAUGUCAAAUCUUUAUUUCUUUAAAGUUUAAAGCCAGAUUUUUGCUCCAAAGUGAAAGUUGUAGAAACCAGACCAUUAAUUUUCCUUAACAAAAUAAAUAUCUAAAUAGAAAAAUGUAUUUCUUAGUUUCUGCAUGUUCUGAUGAGUGAUAUUGUUUCAAAUCAAGAAACCGGUUUGGGUUGCCUGAUAAUAUUAAUAAUAAUAUCACUUUUUUUGUCUCUUAGAAAUGCACAUUUGAUAGUAGCUUGAGUUAGGAUGCAGAGGUAAAUUUUUGUUCAUUAUCAAAAUCAGUAACAUCUGUAAAAAUUGUAGCAACCUCAGUUUUAUAUGGUUAAGUUUUUUUUUUUUUUUUUUAUUAAGCAUUGGUCGCCCAUGGUAGCAUACAUUUUAAAUCAUUUUAAUUCAAACCAUCAAUACCAUGGUAAAAAUAUAACUAUAUGGUUUUUAAGUAGCCUAUUUGUAUGAAAAACAGUAGUCUAAAAACAUUCAGUAUAAAUGCACAUAUGCUAUAGCUUAACCACACAUACAUACUAUAAUUAUAUAUCCAUUAUUCCUGUAAUAAAAUUCAAUGUGAAUAUCCCACAUUUCUGCCACAAUACCAUGGUAUGCAAAUAACGGCAUGUGUAGAUUGAAAAGCCUUCUGUCUCGUUGCACAGUGUUUCUCCUGUUUGACUUUAAACAGUCAUUUGUGCUCUUCGCUGAAUUCAAGCGUUUCACACUGGAUCUCACAGCGCUGCUUAGUGCUCACGUGACUGAUUAAACGCAUCUGCUCUAGUGAGCUCCGAGCUCGCGCCUCACAGCAGUUUGAACUUUGAUCAGAGCGGAUAAAUGUCCGUGUGGCGCGAUUCAAAUGAGUCGCGCUGUCUCGUUCCGCUUUUGUCUCAAACAUUAUAUCGAACAUUUAUCGAACUCUUCAUAUCGUUUUAUCGAGGAAAAUUAUAUCGUGAUAAUUAUCGUUAUCGAAUUAUCGCCCAGCCCUAUAUUCCACAAUCUUUUUAUGCACUCUUUCACAGAUUGGAGAGCCUCUGCCCAUCUUUACUUCUGAGAGACUUUUAUAGCUAGUCAUAUUACAGACCUGAUGUCAAUUAACUUAAUUAGUCUCUAGACGUUCUCCCAGCUGAAUCUUUUCAAAAUUUCUUGCUUUUUCAGCCCUUUGUUGCAUCCAUGCCAACUUUUUUGAGACCUGUAGCAGGCAUGAAAUUUUAAAUGAGCUCAUUUAGUGGAUAGAAGUGUAAAA